CUUGAAAAAGAAAAGAAAAGAAAAAACAAUAACGAGGGAACCAACUAAUGCCAUGCCACAUUGCCACCAUUACAAUUUCUUUUCUCCAAUGCAACCGUUUGAUCAUUAUUACACCCCGAAAACGGCUUCGAAAAACAAAAUCAAUAAUUUAAGGGUUUCGUUCGCCUUGAUUAUAUGAAAACCCUAAAAUCUCUAUCAAUAUUUUGUAUAUUAAAAUUGAUUAAUUAGCUAAAUAAAUAAAUAAUCCCCCCUACCUCUCUCUCUCUCUCUCUCAAAAUCUCAAUGGCUGAUCAUGUAUCGGACGCUUCCCCUCUAAUCCCUCCGUCGCCGAUCACCGAGCCCAGCGAGAUCGACCUCGAAGCCGGUCCUGGCGAGCAAAUCCAGUGCCGUAUUUGCCUCGAAACUGACGGUAGGGAUUUUAUUGCACCAUGCAAGUGCAAAGGAACGACAAAGUAUGUACAUCGUGAAUGCUUGGAUCAGUGGCGAGCUGUGAAAGAAGGGUUUGCAUUUUCUCACUGCACAACCUGCAAGGCUCCAUACCAUUUGAGAGUUCACGCUGCUACUGAUAGGAAAUGGCGAACUCUGAAAUUUCGAUUCUUUGUGACUAGAGACAUUGCAUUUAUUUUUCUGGCUGUUCAGCUUGUAAUUGCUUCACUAGCAUAUUUGGUCUACCUAAUUGACACUCAUCAAAAGUCUUGGCUUCGUCUCGCAUGGGGCUUUGAUAGCGAGUUUAGUUUCUACUACAUAUGUGAAUGUUGUUGGACAGGAGCACUAUUAUUCUUCGCUUUGCUGGGGCUAUCUGGGUGCUUCAUAACUUGCUAUGAUCGAAGAGUACGCAAUGAUUUGGCUCAGCCAUGUCGAGAGAUAUGUCUUUGUUGCUGCCAGCCCGGUGUGUGUGCAGACUGCCAUUUACCUGGUACUAUUUGCAUGUGGACUGACUGUACCACAUGCUUUGAAAGCUGUGCAAGUACAGCUGGUGAAUGUGGUUGCUUAGGUGGUGCCAGUGAAGCAGGGUUACCGCUAUUGUUUAUAAUGGUUUUAAUCGUGCUUGGACUAUUUACUGUAAUUGGCAUAUUCUACAGCGUUUUGGUGGCCACAAUGGUUGGACAACGAAUUUGGCAGCGGCAUUAUCAUAUACUUGCGAAAAGGAUGCUAACAAAAGAAUAUGUUGUGGAGGAUGUUGAUGGUGAAAUGACGGGAUCAGAUUGGUCUCCUCCACCACUUCCACCUGAGCAUGUUCAGCAGCUGAAAAACCUGGGCCUUCUGUGAGUCAAUAUUUAUUGAUCACAGGAGUAGCACACUGAAGAGACGGACUGACUCUCAGUUUUGGUAGGUCAGUCUAUAUUGAAAUUUAUCGAAGUACAGCAACGUCGUCCUAGGCAGUUACAAGGUAAGAAAUACUGAAGGCAUUAUGAUGGCCCAGCUUCAUUUAUGAACCCACGAAUGCUGAUUUGUAAAAAUUUCCUGGUAUUGUUACAAUCCUUCCAUCAAUUAAGAAAAUCUGAAAAUAACACCCUGAAACAGCUAACAAAAGACUCGGUUGUAUAUUUCAUGCCUGUAAUCAAUCAAAGAGCACAAUGGCUUUCCUCAAAAGCUUGGCGGGGCGUGGAGAGAUGGCAAUGAUGUAGCUUGCUAAAAUAUGUCACCCUGUACCUGAUGCAUUUCUGCUUUUAACAUUUACCAACGAAUUUGGCCUUCUGAAAGAUGCUGAAUAAUUUAUUUUCUCCUUGAAAGUACACUAAUUGUAUGUAGGAUAACUUGGUAAAAUUUCCUAGCAUAGAGGCUGCUCUUUAUCUA